CGUGUCCUCCCUGAAGUGUCAGUCAGUCUCUUGUUGCUUUGAAGCGUCAUUAGAAGCAGUAAUGCGGCGGUUGUCACGGUUAGAAGUUUUAGAAGAUUAGUGUUUUUAUUAUCUAACCGACAGAAACUCAAUUAUGGCGAACGAGUCAGUUGGUGUGCUUUUCAAGCUGUACUGCUUGAUUGUGAUGACUCUGAUUGCUGCCACAUACGCUGUGGCUCUGAGAUACACCAGGACCGUGACCUCUGACCUCUACUUCUCCACCACUGCAGUGUUCAUCGUUGAGGUCAUCAAAAUGCUGCUCAGUCUGGUGAUGCUUCUCUGGGAAACAGGUGGCCUCGGCAGAUGUAAAACAGCGCUGGUCAACCACAUUUUCAAAAGUCCAAAGGAAGUGCUCAAGCUGAGUGUACCAUCUGUUGUAUAUGCCAUCCAAAACAACAUGGCCUACUUAGCCUUGAGCAACCUGGAUGCGGCUGUCUUCCAGGUGACAUAUCAGUUGAAGAUCCCCUGUACGGCCCUGUGUAUGGUGCUGAUGCUGAACCGCUCUCUGAGCAGACUGCAAUGGUUCUCCGUCUUCAUGCUGUGUGGAGGAGUCGCACUGGUGCAGUGGACCCCGCCAGAAUCCACUAAAGUUCAGGUGGAACAGAACCCAUUCCUGGGCUUUGUGGCGAUUGCGAUCGCGGUCCUCUGCUCUGGGUUUGCAGGUGUGUAUUUUGAGAAGGUUCUGAAGAGUUCGGAUACAUCUCUGUGGCUCAGAAACAUUCAGAUGUACCUGUCAGGUAUACUGGUGACCCUCAUAGGUGUCUUUGUGACAGACAGGGCCAAUGUGUUGGAGAAAGGAUUCUUCUUCGGUUACACACCUUGGGUCUGCGUUGUAAUCUUUUUGGCGAGUGUGGGAGGAUUGUACACGUCAGUGGUGGUGAAAUACACUGAUAACAUCAUGAAGGGCUUCUCUGCAGCCGCUGCUAUCGUGCUGUCCACCGUGGCAUCCGUCAUCCUCUUCGGCCUGCAGAUGACGGUGUCUUUCAUCUCAGGAGCCUUGUUGGUGUGUGUGUCCAUUUACCUGUACGGGCUGCCGAAACAAGACACCAGCAAUGUGCAGAGAGCUGAUACAGACAGCACAAAAGAGAAACUCAUCGCAGUCUGACCAGCGAUUGGUGGGAAUCAGAGACCAAUGAGCCGCCAGCGUCAGCGCUUUGCCAAAUGCCGGAGCAAUUCCAGUAUUUGUGCAUGAUUUUAGAGCAAACACAUCUUUGGACUGUUAAAACUUUAAGACUCACCCUGUUUACAGAUGAUGAUCGUGGUUCACUGUUGGCCAUAAAGUGCUCACUCUAGACCACACAGAAGGAAAGCAUUUUGCUCUUUUAUCUCCGCUUUUAAAGGAAGGGUGGGGUAGUUUUUUUUAAAUGUGAAUAUAAUCUUUUCUCUCUGUAUAAAAUCGUUUACAAGUUUUUUACACUGCAGAUUGUUAGACAUUGAACACUAUUGGAGCCAAAACACAUUCUGAAUGUUCAUGAAAAUAUGAGGCCCCAUAUAAGAACUUUGUCUUGCCAAUUUUAUUUACAUACAGGUUUUUUUAUAUUUACAUAAGGUGAAUGUAAAAAGGAUCCUUGCUGUUUACUAUGUGUCAGGGGAGACAUGCAAGUAAAAUAACUUCCACUAAUUUGAUUAUAGUGCAAAACAAAUGUUUACUCCUGGGGUUGGGGACCUGCUCUCUGUAUGUAUUUAUAAGGCAUCGCUUAAUUUUGCUAAUUGGAUCCAGUGACCUGAUUAAACAUGUUGUGAUG